AUGCCCCGCAGCAGCUUCUCACUCAAUCCCCUGCUCAAGGUCUCGCGGCCUGUCUCGGCUUGUUCACGGUGUCGAGCCGCCAAAGUUAAGUGUGAUGGCAAGUUGCCGGCAUGCACAGCUUGCGAGAAGGCAGGCCGGGAAAGCGAGUGCUCCGCGGCCAACGAUCAGUUCGCUCGAGCCCUGGAGCUACGUAUAGAGAAGCUCGAAAGGAGACUGCAGUACGCCAAGAAUCGCAAGGCCUCGCUUGGGUUUCAGGAGCCCGAUCUCUCUUCGUUGGCGCAAGAUGUCGACCGACGCAAUUCCAUGGCGCACAUACGUGCUGCCAUCCAUCGCAAGGCAGCGCGGAACCGGGAAAACUCAGAUGUCAACUCGUUGAUAUCCGACUUUGGCUUUCUGUCUGUCGAUGCAAACACGCGGGACUUUGAGCCGUCGUCGACCAACAUGACGUUCGCCCGUCUCGUGCUGACAGCCGUCACAAACGAUGAGCUUCCCGGGCUCAGCGAGGUCGAGUUGCCGCCCAGACAAACAGCUCUCAGUCUGGUGCAAUUCUACAUCACGCACAUCUACUCCUUCUACCCAUUCUUCCAGGAAGCCGCCUUGUUCAGUAUCAUGAACGACCUCUAUCACGAUGAUGAGCGCGUCAUCAAGGACUCGGACCUGUGGCUGUUCCACAUGGUCCUUGCCAUUGGCUCGACAGCGCAGAGCCGGAGGCUCGGUGACGAGCACUACCAAAACGGGCUUGUCUACGCCAGAAAGGCCAUCGAGUCGGCCGACCGCGCGCUGGCACCAGGCUACGUUACGCAGAUCCAGUCAUUACUUUUGCUGACGCAGUACUCGAUGCUCGACCCUGCACACUUUGACAGCUGGCAUCUGAUAGGAUUCACAACUAGGGCCGUUGUCGAUCUCGGCCUCCAUCAGGACCCGCCGGUCUCCUCGGUAGCGGAUAAGUCAGCCUUGGACAUGCGACGCAGGAUAUUCUACAGUGUCUACAGUUUGGACAGAGCUAUCAGCAUGGUGCACGCGAGAUGCUUCUCCUUCACAGACAACGCCAUCAACGUCGCCUUCCCCAGCGCACCUUCCAAGAAGGCAGUCCACGACGCGAUGUCCGGCCCGCACUCGCCAGACCCUGCCCUGCUCAUGUUCCAGCUGCGGCGCGCCCAGUCGUUCUGGUACCAAGAGCUGUACCAAUCGCACGCCUCGGCACCACUGCCAGAUCCGAGCGCCUACAUCUGGCAAAUGUGCUACGAGAUGCAGGAAUGGGCGGCCUCCUUGCCUCAGAAACUCCCAGCGUCGGUGCGCCAGCUGUUAGAUCAGGAGCUGCGGUACAGCUACGUCUACUGCAUAGCCCCCUCGGCUCGCGCCCCCGAGAUCACGGACUACAACAGAACUCUCAUCUUCGAGUACGCCUUGGCGUAUCUGGACACGAUGCAUGACAUUGCCCAGGACGGACUCAGCAGUGCCUUUUACACCUACCAUGACGCCCUCAAGGUCUACUUUAUGGCCAGUCAGCUCCUGGCUGUCCUCUGGGAUGCUGAGCAGAUGCUCCUGGACGGUCCGCCCGUUCCGCGACCAAUGGUCCGACCGGGGACUGCGCCGCCGCCUCCCAAUCCUCGACGCCACAUUCAAGGAGUCCCGAUGGAGAGUAACGCCAGCCGUAGUCUAUCAUGCUUGGAGCGCGUGGACCACACUCUGGGCCGCUUUGGUGAACGGUGGAACGAGUCGGCCAUGCUCAAGGUCAGCUUCGAGAGCAUGGCACGCGAGACCAUGCAGAGGCUGCGCUCGAGGAAGCAAAUGGAGAGCGCGAGCUUGGACUCACAGCAGCAGCAGCAGCAGCAGCAGCAGCAGCAAUACCAGAGUAGAGCAGUGCAGGGAAUCCACGCCAUGCCGCCACCUCAGCCACAACAGCCCAGAGAGGUCAGAUGGAUAGGGGUUGAUCCGGGCCAGACGAUGCGAGGGGGAGGGCCUGCGCCGCAAUGA